ACAGAGCUAAAGGAUGCUCAGUUGGAUGCAAGAGAAGCCAUAAAGGAGGCAGAACGUCUUACAUACCUAAGUCAAAACGUGGAAGCAUUACGAUGUCUGGCAAUAGCUAUUCGACAGUCUGUUACAAAAUUGAAAGAGCAGAUGCACAGUCAACAGAAGGCCUCUUGCUUCUACCAUCAUUACGCAGCAAAUCCUCGAAGAGAGCAACAGCCAGAAGACUGGUAAAAGAAGCCAAACGAGUAAAGCAAAAAGCAAAAAGUGAACAAACAGUAAGUGAACUACCACCACGAAAGAAACGUAAGACAAUUCAUAGCAAGAGAGUGGGGAUAAAGGCUGACCGCAUGAGACACGAAAACUCAACAAUGAAAGACCGGCAAGGACGGAAACGGAAACUCACAGAUGCAGUCAACCCUCACACUAGAGAAACAGAAGCUAGAAUCAGCUGUAACGCCUCCAUUGACUUCAAUCAGAAUGCAGCAAAUGUAGACUUUCAAUGCAACAGUAAAUCACUCCUCCCCGUCACACCUACAUUGUGUGAACCAACCUUCCAAAGCAAAAGUAGAAGCAGUCUUGACUUUCUAAGACGGGCAUCCAGCAUACUAACAACUUCCACAUCUGGUUUACAAAAAGAGAAACAACUUCAACAAAUAGCUCAUUCCUAUGCCGACAGUCAGGCGAAGGCAGCACAACUGCCAAUUGAGUCUGCAGAGACAAACACAAAUUCUGCUAACCAUGUAGAACACUUUGAUGAGCCAGAAACUGAUGGCGCAAAAAGAUUUGAAAUCAGAUAACUACGAAGACAACUGGAUAAACAACAGAGUGACAUAGAUAAUUCAGCAAUGAAAUCGACGCAAUCUACAGUAAACUGCCAAGUGAUUAAUACUACACGUGAUCCAAUAGGUUCUGACAAUGAAUUUUACAAUUUCAUCAUUUGUUGCUAUAGUUUAGUUGCUGUUUUCUUUAUAGAUUGCACAAGACCAUCAACACAGGUUUGAAAAUAACACAUUAUUGUAUGAUCCCUAUUAUCAUUCGCCAACAC